GAUGGACCAAGCACUGGCUCCACUAGUGGACCGGCGCAUGGACUUCUUAGGAACUUACGUUCAAAAGUCUCUAAAGCUAAAACCCGAAAAAUGGUCGCGAAUGAUGGUUACGGAAGAUUACAAAGGGAUGGUAAUGAAAUUUUUGGAAAGGCCGGCGCCGUUUGUUCUGGUGAUUAUUUUAACACCUGCUGCCCAACUGGUGCCCUCAAACGGGUUUCCACUCACGCAGCUUAAAACUAAAGGAGUGUAUUUUAUCAAAAAGGACUUGGCUCCGGUGUCGAAGACUUCCCCUGGCGAUUCCGUCAUUCUGGGAGAUCUUUCGCCAAAGCUGAUUGACCAAUUGGCUUCCCUUGUGGACGAAGUUUUAGUUCCGCUCCUCUCCAACUCGCAAAAUCAUGGAGAGUGGCCAGCAGUUAUAGCCAAAGACGUUCAUAAACACGUUCACAGUUUGCGAAGCACUGUGUAUCAGGUUAAAGGGCAAGUGAAUGGACAGACUGUACUCCCCAUGCCUGUGGGAGUUGAGCGGGUCUAUGAGGUAGAAAAAGUUCUUAUUGAGAGUAAAGGAGAGAUCUGCGACUUGUAUCUAAAAAGUGGAAUUGAAGGAGUGGUAAUGAAGUGGGCUUCCCAAAUUAGUGAUGUGUUGGCCAAUGAUUUUGCUGACAAUGCUGUGAGCGCAUUGCCUUCGGUGGGUAGGUGCGCCUCAAUUGCGGAAAUCCACCUCCUAACGAAAUGCAACGUUUUCAUAGAAAUCCAGUUUUGGAGUCAACGACAAAAAAAUCUGCAAUGCAUCUAUGAGCAACUGAAAGAGUCGCGGGUGCGAAGCAUGGCAAGCAUUCUGGAAAAAACCAGCAGCGCCUAUUAUGUGUGCUUCAAGAAUGUGUUCAAAAACGUCGUGGUCGCAUUAGCUGAAGCCAAAGACAUUCACCUGCACCUCACUCCCUUAAUAAAGCAUAUAUCCCUACUAGAAGAGACCGACUUCAGCGAAUGUAUACCACUACUAGCUCCAGUUAUGCAUGUGGUUUGUCUCAUUUGGGCCACAUGUGACUCUUACGAUCAAGUAAAGCUGAUAACUUUACUAAAGCAAAUUUGCAAUCUCCUGAUAUUCGAAGCUAAAAAAUUUCUAGAUCCUACUACCUUAUUUCACAGUGAUAUUGAUGAGGCGAUGCAACGCGUUGGCUUAUGCAUCAAUACAAUGAAACAGUUCAUGAGCCUAUUCAAAAUAUACAAAUUGAAUUUAGCCAGGUUUUUCCACGGCAGAGAGCCACGCUUGUGGAACUUUGAUGCCAAAAUGGUUUUCGAACGGCUCGACGCGUUUAAGGAGAGACUUCAAACCAUUCAGUGGUUCUUCAACACAGUCCUGGAGUUCAGCAAACUUGAAAAAGUCGAAAUUGGAGGCAUCAAAGGUCGCACUCUCAGCUCGAGGGUCAUAACAGUCUACAGUGAAUUUCAGCAAUGUUAUUCUACAUUCGCAGGGAAGUCUUACGACGUUCUGGAUCCCGACGACUUAUCGUUUUUAGAAGACUUUCAACUUUUCAAACAGAAGAUAUUUGAAAUGGACAUGAAACUAGCUGCUAUUUUGUGUCAAGCGUUUGAAGACUGCGCCAAUUUGGAAAGCAUGUUUAAGUUAAUAAAUAUUGCCGGAUGUUUGUUAGAACGGCCCUUUAUUAAAAGCGAAUUCAGCAAGAAAUUUGUUUUAAUUGUCGAUAUGCUGGAACAUGAAGCCAAGUUGAUCGAGGCCGCGUUUGAACAGCAAAUGAGCAGCAAGAGGAAAUACGGGGAAUUUAUCGUUGAUAACUAUGUGCCUCCUGUAACUGGGGCUCUUAGAUGGACAACCAAUUUGAAGGCGAGAAUUGCGGCUAUUAAAAAGAAGUUUGAACAUUCUCAACAGGUAAUCACCGAAAAUCCGAAAUUUUUGGAAGUAAAUAAAAAAAUGGACUUGCUUUUGGAAAAUAUCAGCGAAGUGGCACAACGAACUCUAGCAGAUUGGGCCCAAGAUCUGCCGUCCCAAAUAGAAAAUAGCCUCAAGUUGAGCCUGCUGAUCCACAACGCGAAAAGCAAAGAGCUUCGUCUGAAUUUCAACACAUAUCUUUCGGCUAUCCUGAGGGAGGUUCACUACUUAAACCUCAUGAAUAUUACUGAUAUACCGACAGAGGCUCUUGAACUGGCGAAGAAGAAUGAGACAUUUAGAAAGUACAUUUCAAAUUUAAAUUCGACCAUAGCGUGGUAUAAUAAGAUUAGGCGAACCACUAGAGCUGUAGAGUUCGAUCUUAUUAAGAAUGAGAUUAAUGCGAUUGAUCAGUUAAUUUAUUUUGGACAAAAUAGCUUAAACUGGAACUCAAAUGACCUGUGGGAUUAUAUAAUAAACCUCCACAAUCUAGUAAAGAGGCUUCAAGAUAACUUAGCUAAGUGUCAAGCAAAUCUAAGCGAUAUCAAAGCGGCUUUGAUACCCUUUGCACGAAAGCCGCUCUUUGAGAGGAAGGAUGGAAAGAAAGAUGAGUUUCUCUGCCUUGACGAUAAGGAAAUUAGGAAAAUGAGGCGCCAUUCCGAGAUCAAUCAAGCUACUGAAACAAUAAAGCAUUUGCUGGAUGCUAACAUGGAUCUUUUUGGUAUGAGCGGUCAACCAGAUAAAAAAGAAUGGACUAAUUACGUUGACUUCGUUGACAAGAUAGUUCUUAACUACUUGUAUCAAUCAGUAGGGUGCAGCUUGGGCUACAUAAACGAACAUAUGGAUUCGUCAAAUAACUUAGCACCACUCUUUCAGUGCCAAUUACUUCUAAAAGAACCAGAAAUCGCGUUCGUUCCGUCUCUAGACGCAAAUGAUCCAGAAGGUUUCAACGCAUUAAUGAGCGGCUUACUCAGAACUAUCAUCGAUACUACCGCUAUAGUACCGAGAUUCUCAGUCACAGCCACAGAAAUGUACAAAGAAGAAAUUGAGAGGAAUGAAGACAUUGUCGAUAUUAAAUCCGACAUUUCACAGAGCGUUGAUAAAGUUAUGGAGGAAGCAUGCGACUUUUGCAAUGAAUUUCAAAACUACUCGUAUCUCUGGCUGGAAGAUAGACACGAUUUUCUGAACCAAAUUUUAAACUAUGGUCGUCUAUUGACAAAUGAGGAGCUGGAUCUAAUUGCAAUGAAAGAUGCGAGCGCACCUAAAGUAAGUCCCCCGAAAAUGGAGGCCUUCAGAGAGCAGAUUGAUAACUUUGAAGCUCUAUUUGCUGAAGUGGAGAGUAUAAAGGAAAAGGAAAUAUUAAGUUCAUGGUUUCAAUUGGAUAUCAAGCCCUUUAAACAUGCGUUGCUCAAUACAAUACGCAAAUGGGGUGAUAUGUUUAAGCAGUAUUUGGUAAAUACCGUCACCAACAGCUUAUGCGAUCUUGGACAGUUUAUUCGAUCAGCUGAUGAAGGCUUGCAGCAAUCAGUGCAAGAAGGCGACUACCAAGCCUUAGUUAAUGUUAUGGGCUAUUUAUUUCAUGUAAAAGAGCGACAAGCUAGUACCGACGAAAUGUUUAUCCCUCUAAAGGAAACUAUCGAGCUGCUAAAGUUGUAUGACCAAGAUAUACCUGAAGAGGUGAACGUCUAUCUGCAAGAGCUACCAGAGCAAUGGAACAAUACAAAAAAAAUAGCAAUUACAGUCAAGCAACAACUUGCGCCACUGCAAGCUGCGGAAGUCACCUGUAUUCGUAAAAAAAUCCAAUUAUUUGAUAAUAAAAUUCUGAUUUACCGUGAGGUGUAUAAAAAAUACCACUUUUUUAAAUACGAAUGCCCCAAUCCAUAUGAAACGAUUGAUAAGGUUGACAAAGAUCUGCGGAAGUUGGAGCAAGAAAUGAUGUCCAUACAGGAAUCUGGAUCGCUAUUCGAAGUUAAUGUUCCAGAAUUUAAACCACUCAAACAGUGUAGGCGAGAUUUACGAUUGCUGAAGCAACUCUGGGACUAUGUCCAUAUAGUUCACACUUGUGUGAAUGACUGGAAGACCACUCCUUGGCGAAAAAUCGACGUGGAAAAUAUGGACAUUGAGUGCAAAAAGUUUGCUAAAGAAAUCAGGAUGUUGGACAAAGAGAUGCGCGGGUGGAACACUUAUACCGGACUAGAAUCGACUGUGAAAAACACUCUAACUUCCCUGAAGGCAGUAGGCGAGUUGCAAAAUCCAGCAAUUCGAGAAAGACAUUGGGAUCAACUCAUGGUGUCCACCAAGGCUCUUGCAGCCAUACCUCAAGAAUUUAAAACGAAGAUAGUUAUGGAUUACAAUACAACAUUGGCAGACCUUCUGGAGUUAAAUCUCCACGAAUGCGAGGAAGAGGUGAAAAAUAUCGUGGAUAAAGCCGUUAAAGAAAUGUCGAUGGAAAAGAUAUUAAAAGAAUUAAAUUCAACCUGGUCCUCGAUGGAAUUUGAGCAUGAAACCCAUCCAAGAACCGGCUGCACUCUUCUCAGGGCUAGCGAGGAACUGAUUGAAACAUUGGAGGAUAACCAAGUGCAAUUGCAAAACCUUAUAACAUCAAAAUUUAUUGCUCACUUUCUGGAAGAAGUCUCGUCGUGGCAAAAUAAGCUGGGUCUUGCUGAUCAGGUAAUUACAGUUUGGUUUGAAGUGCAGCGCACGUGGAUGCAUUUGGAGUCGAUUUUCAUGAGCUCGGAAGAUAUAAGGAAUCAACUGCCUGAGGAUUCAGAACGAUUUGAUAUAAUUGAUCGAGACUUCAAGGAACUGAUGAAAGACAUAUCGAAAGUUCCGAACGUUGUGGAGUCUACCAAUAAAGCCGGUCUUUUAGAGAUUUUGGAGGAACUGCAAAGAAACCUUACCCUAUGCGAGAAAGCACUGGCAGUGUAUCUGGAAACGAAACGAUUGGCAUUUCCCAGGUUUUAUUUCGUUUCCUCCGCAGAUCUUUUGGAUGUUUUAUCUAAUGGCAAUCAGCCUAAGCAGGUGGCUAAACAUUUGACUAAGCUGUUCGAUUCUAUUGCUCAUUUGAAAUUUAGUACCGAUGAUGCGGGAAAUAUCACAAAUGUAAUUGAAGGAAUGUACGCCAAAGAUGGGGAGUACGUUAAGUUUCAUGAGAAUACUGACUGCUGUGGGCCGGUUGAGGUUUGGCUAAAUAAAAUUCAAGCGGCUAUGAGAUCAACGAUCCGAACUGAUAUCGGUGAAGGAGCUCUGUCCUACGAAGAAAAACCCAGAGAUCAAUGGCUGUUCGAUUUUCCAGCCCAAGUUUCACUUUGUGGCACUCAGAUAUGGUGGACCACAGAAGUAAAUAUUGCAUUUUCCCGCUUAGAGGAGGGAUAUGACAAUGCAAUAAGGGAUUACUAUAAGAAGCAAGUGACUCAACUCAGCACGCUGAUUUCCCUGUUGCUUGGAGAUCUCACGAAGGAAAGCAGACAAAAAAUUAUGACUAUUUGCACUAUAGAUGUCCACUCACGUGAUGUGGUAAGCAAGCUAAUUCAGAGCAAGAUUGAGAGCGCAUUAGCCUUCCAAUGGGUGUCCCAGCUGCGACACCGAUGGUGCGAAAAGGAGAAACACUGCUUUGCAAACAUAUGCGACGCUCAGUUUACAUAUAGUUACGAAUAUCUGGGUAAUACCCCAAGAUUGGUAAUAACACCAUUAACCGACAGGUGCUACAUUACCCUCACACAGUCGCUCCAUUUAGUAAUGGGCGGCGGGCCAGCAGGACCAGCUGGAACUGGAAAAACUGAAACCACCAAAGACCUCGGUAGGGCCUUAGGAAUAAUGGUGUAUGUAUUUAAUUGCUCCGAGCAAAUGGACUACAAAUCAUGCGGCAACAUCUACAAAGGCCUGGCUCAAACUGGAGCUUGGGGCUGCUUCGAUGAGUUCAACCGAAUAUCCGUCGAAGUUCUAUCAGUCGUAGCUGUUCAAGUAAAGUCCGUUUUGGAUGCGAUUAAAAACAAAAAAGUCACUUUUGAUUUCAUGGGCGACAUGAUCAACUUGGUUCCCACUGUGGGCAUUUUUAUUACCAUGAAUCCGGGUUACGCCGGAAGAACUGAACUACCCGAAAAUCUCAAGGCGCUCUUUAGACCUUGCGCUAUGGUUGUGCCAGAUUUCGAACUGAUUUGCGAAAUUAUGUUGGUGGCAGAGGGUUUUCAAGAAGCCAAAGUAUUGGCGAGAAAAUUCAUUACCUUGUACACCCUUUGCAAGGAGCUGCUGUCCAAACAAGAUCAUUAUGACUGGGGCCUUCGAGCUAUUAAGUCAGUGCUAGUGGUGGCUGGUUCUCUAAAGAGGGGCGAUCCCGGACGUCCCGAAGAGGAAGUUUUAAUGAGAGCAUUGCGAGAUUUCAAUAUUCCAAAAAUUGUCACCGAUGAUACUCCCGUUUUUAUGGGCUUGAUUGGUGAUUUAUUCCCUGCUCUGGAAGUUCCCCGAAAACGAGAUGCAGAUUUUGAAAAGACUGUCAAGCAAGCGACCAUUGAUUUACUGUUGCAGCCUGAAGAUAACUUUAUUUUAAAAGUGGUUCAACUAGAGGAGCUUUUAGAAGUGCGCCAUUCUGUUUUUAUAGUAGGAAAUGCUGGCACGGGCAAGUCUCAAGUCUGGAAAACUUUAUUCCGAACUUACAUGAACAUGAAACGCAAGCCGAUUUUCAACGAUCUUAACCCGAAAGCAGUGACAAACGAUGAACUUUUUGGCAUCAUCAACCCCUCUACAAGAGAAUGGAAAGAUGGCCUUCUUUCAGUACUGAUGAGAGAUCAGGCCAAUGUGGGUGGAGAAAAUCCCAAGUGGAUUAUUCUGGAUGGAGAUAUUGAUCCGAUGUGGAUCGAGUCCUUGAAUACAGUGAUGGAUGACAACAAGGUUUUAACGCUGGCCAGCAAUGAAAGAAUCGCUUUGACUCCAACGAUGCGAUUGAUAUUUGAAAUUUCAAAUCUGCGAACUGCAACACCUGCUACUGUGUCCAGAGCAGGGAUUCUGUAUAUUAAUCCACAGGACUUGGGCUGGAAUCCAUAUGUAACCAGCUGGAUAGAGACUAGGGAAAACGGAGCUGAAAAAUCGAAUUUAAUCAUGUUAUUUGACAAGUACAUUCCGAUCUGUUUGGAGAACGUUCGAACACGAUUUAAAAAAAUUACUCCUAUACCGGAGAUUUCUCAUAUAUCCAUGCUGUGUCACUUGCUAGAGAGCGUGUUGACUCCGCAAAAUACACCAACUGAUUGCCCCAAAGAUUGGUACGAGUUGUAUUUCGCAUUUUGCUGCGUAUGGGCUUUCGGAUCUUCAAUGUUCCAAGAACAGGCAACGGAUUAUAGAAUUGAAUUUACUAAAUGGUGGGUAAAUGAGUUCAAAACCGUUAAAUUUCCACCUCAAGGAACAGUUUUUGAUUAUUACAUCGACGACGAAACUAAGCAGUUUGUUUCUUGGAUCGAAAAAGUCGGGCGGUUUGAAUUAGAUCCUGAUGCGCCCUUGCAGGCGGUUCUCGUCCAUACAGCAGAAUCCAUCAGAAUUAAAUAUUUCCUGGAUCUCUUGAUGGAAAAACGACGUCCAGUUAUGCUUGUAGGUAAUGCCGGGUGUGGAAAAACGGUCUUGGUAACCGAAAAGUUGACAUCGCUUUCCGAAAAUUUUGCAGUAACCAACAUAGCUUUCAACUUUUACACGUCAUCGGAAAUGCUUCAGAAGAUAAUGGAGAAACCACUGGAGAAGAAAGCAGGAAGAAACUACGGGCCUCCGGGCAAUAAAACGUUGAUCUAUUUCAUUGACGAUAUGAAUAUGCCUGAGGUUGAUGCGUAUGGCACAGUGCAACCGCACACCCUCAUAAGACAGCAUUUGGACUACAACCACUGGUACGAUCGUGGAAGGUUGUCAUUAAAAGACAUACAUAACUGCCAAUAUGUGUCUUGCAUGAACCCGACCGCAGGAAGCUUCACAGUAAAUCCAAGACUUCAACGACACUUUUAUGUGUUUGCGGUCAAUUUCCCGGGACUCGACGCAUUGACCAGCAUUUACCAAACAAUUCUCAGCCAGCAUUUGUGCAAUUCUGAGUUUAAAUUCCCUUCGGUGGUCACAAAACUGUGCGAUAAUAUUGUGGCCGCAUCAAUCGUUCUGCAUCACAAAGUGAGCCAAGUGUUUCUGCCCACAGCCAUUAAAUUUCACUAUAUCUUCAAUCUAAGAGACAUUUCCAAUGUCUUUCAGGGUCUGCUCUUCAGUUCUAUGGAUUGCCUAAAUCAGCCCUCUGAUCUGGUAAGACUAUGGCUACACGAAUGCCAACGAGUAUACGGCGAUAAACUAACGGACGAAAAGGACAUCGAUGCCUUUUCCAAACUUCAAACGGAUGUAUUUAAGAAAAACUUCGAAGAAAUUGACGAAUCCGUGGUGUUCGAAAGGCCGAAUAUUUACUGCCACUUUACAGGGGGCAUUGGGGAGCCGAAAUACAUGCCAAUCGCCAGCUGGAGCAAUUUGAAUAGCCUUCUGAAUGAAGCUAUGUCCAGCUACAAUGAUUUGGUAGCGGCCAUGAACUUGGUGCUCUUCGAAGACGCAAUGAUGCACGUAUGCAGAAUAAAUCGGAUUCUAGAGUCCCCUAGAGGCAGCUCUUUGUUGGUCGGAGUCGGGGGAAGUGGGAAACAAUCUCUAGCGCGUCUAGCUGCCUUUAUUUCGUCCCUUGAAGUCUCCCAAGUUCAACUGAAAAAAGGCUAUGGAGUUCUAGACCUUAAAUAUGAACUUGCCGCACUCUAUCUCAAAUCGGGACUAAAAAACGUUGGUAUCAUGUUUCUAAUGACAGACGCCCAAGUGCCCAAUGAGCAAUUCCUAGUUCUGAUCAACGACAUGCUCGCAUCUGGUGAAGUUCCAGACAUGUUCCCCGAUGAUGAAGUGGAAAAUAUCAUUGCGGGGGUCAGGAAUGAAGUGAAAGGUGCUGGGAUGCUCGACACUCGAGAAAACUGCUGGAAAUUCUUUAUCGAUAGAGUGAGGAAGCAACUGAAGUUCGUCCUGUGUUUUUCUCCCGUUGGUUCCACACUUCGAGUGCGUUCAAGAAAGUUCCCAGCGAUUAUAAACUGUACGCAAAUCAACUGGUUUCACGAAUGGCCCCAGGAGGCUCUUGUAUCGGUAUCUCUAAGAUUUCUGCAGGAUCUUGACGUUCUUCCCGAGGAGCUUAGGGAAUCAGCUGCCCGAUUUAUGGCCUAUGCGCAUUCUUCAGUCAAUAUCACUUCGAAAAUGUAUUUGCAAAAUGAGCGACGGUACAACUACACCACCCCCAAGUCGUAUUUGGAACAAAUAAAUCUAUACUCCAAGUUGCUGAGAUUGAAAUCGAAAGAACUCCAAUUAAAGGUGGAGAGAUUAGAAAAUGGGCUCGACAAAUUGAGAACCACUUCGAUUCAAGUGGACAAGCUCAAAGAAAAACUCGCAGUGCAAGAAAUUGAAUUGAAGGAAAAGAACGACGCUGCCGACGCACUAAUCGAAAUAGUAGGCGUAGAAACAGAAAAGGUUUCAAAGGAAAAGCGGCUGGCAGACGAGGAGGAAGAAAAAGUGGCCAUCAUUGCCGAGGAAGUUAGCAAAAAGCAGCAAGACUGCGAGGAAGAUCUACUGAAAGCUGAACCUGCACUUAUCGCCGCCCAAGAGGCUUUAAACACACUCAAUAAAGCUAAUUUAACAGAACUUAAAUCUUUCGGGUCUCCUCCAGGGGCGGUCACCAACGUCACUGCGGCAGUAAUGGUCGUUUUAGCUCCAGCAGCGAAAAUUCCGAAAGAUCGCAGCUGGAAGGCUGCGAAAAUUGUCAUGGCAAAAGUAGAUGCUUUUCUGGACGCCUUAAUCAACUAUGACAAGGAAAAUAUUCAUCCUGAAAUCAUCAAAGCUAUCGAACCGUAUCUCAAAGACGCAGAAUUUGAGCCGGAGUUUGUGCGGUCUAAAAGUGCCGCAGCAGCUGGAUUAUGUGCUUGGGUCAUUAACAUCAUCAAAUUUUACGAAGUAUAUUGCGAUGUUGAGCCUAAAAGAAAAGCUCUGGCUGCUGCUAACGCUGAACUUGCUGCAGCCCAAGAAAAAUUAAAUUCGAUUAAAAGGAAAGUGGCGUCUUUAGAAUCCCAACUGGCAAAACUUACAGCGGACUUCGAAAAGGCCACAAGGGAGAAGUUGCUUUGCCAACAAGAAGCUGAUGCCACCAAUGCAACCAUUGCUUUAGCCAAUCGGUUGGUUGGCGGAUUGGCUAGUGAAAACGUGCGAUGGGCUGAAAGUGUUAACAGCUUCUUGGAAAGCGGGAAAAUGAUGCCUGGAGAUGUUCUAUUAACUACAGCCUUUAUUUCCUACGUCGGCUGCUUCACCAAGCAAUACAGGCAUGAUUUGAUGCAUAAACUGUGGCUGCCAUUCAUCAAGAGUCUGGAUCCGAACGUGCCUUUAACGGAAAACAUCGAUGCUCUAGCAUUACUGACUGACGAUACCAUCAUAGCAGUGUGGCACAACGAAGGUCUUCCUAGUGAUAGAAUGUCGACGGAAAAUGCCGCGAUAUUAAUUAACUCAGAUAGAUGGCCUUUAAUGAUUGACCCACAGUUGCAAGGAAUCAAAUGGAUCAAGCAGAAAUUCGGAGGCGACCUCAAAGUGAUACGACUAGGCCAAAAGGGAUACUUAGACGUUAUAGAAAACGCCAUUGCUCAAGGAGUCACAGUUCUAGUAGAGAACAUUGAGGAAACUGUUGAUCCUGUCUUAGAUACUCUACUAGGCAGGAAUUUAAUAAAAAAGGGAAAGGCGAUUAAAAUUGGCGAUAAAGAAAUAGAAUACAACCCCAACUUCCGACUAAUCCUGCAUACAAAACUGGCCAAUCCACAUUACAAGCCCGAAAUGCAAGCCCAAGCAACUCUCAUAAACUUCACGGUGACCAGGGACGGGCUUGAAGACCAGCUGCUUGCAGAAGUAGUGAAGGCUGAACGUCCUGAUCUGGAAGAACUGAAGGCAGACUUAACAAAGCAGCAGAAUGACUUCAAAAUCAUGCUGAAGAGUCUUGAAGAUGAUCUGCUGUCUCGCCUCUCUUCAGCAGGAAGUAAUCUUCUAGGUGACACUACUUUAGUAGAAAAUUUGGAAACGACUAAAAGAACUGCAGCUGAAAUUGAGCAGAAAGUUGCUGAAGCUAAAAUCACUUCAGUUGAAAUCGAUCAAGCGAGGGAGUAUUACAGGCCUGUAGCGGCGCGAGCGAGCUUAUUGUAUUUCAUCCUGAAUGAACUCAAUACAAUCAACCCGAUUUAUCAGUUUUCGUUGAAGGCUUUCAACGUGGUAUUUCAAAAGGCCAUUGCGAAGGCAGAUCCAGCAGAAACAGUGUCUGCUAGGGUGAACAAUCUUAUAGACUGCAUUUCAUUUUCAGUAUUCCAAUACACGACUCGCGGGUUAUUUGAAAGCGAUAAGUUAAUUUUCACUUCCCAAAUGACCUUCCAGAUCCUUCUGAUGAGUCGAGAAAUUUUCACGGCGGACUUGGACUUCCUUUUAAGAUUCCCCAUUAAGCCCCACGUGACAAGUCCGGUAGACUUUCUCUCCAACACCUGCUGGGGAGGCAUUUGCAGCCUGGCAACACGAGACGAAUUCAGAAAUCUGGAUAGGGAUAUCGAAAAUUCGCCUAAAAGAUGGAAAAAAUUGAUUGAAUGUGAAUGUCCAGAAAGAGAAAAGUUCCCACAGGAAUGGAAAAGCAAGACUGCCCUACAGAGGCUUUGUAUGAUGAGAGCCUUGCGCCCCGACAGAAUGUUAUAUGCCAUGCUUGCGUUUAUUGAAGAAAAAUUGGGAGCAAAAUACGUAGGAAAUAAAACAAUGCAGUUUUCGAAGUCAUACGAAGAAACUAGUCCAUCGACCCCAAUAUUCUUCAUCUUAUCCCCAGGAGUGAAUCCGUUGAAAGACGUUGAACAAUUGGGCGAAACACUAGGAUUCACUUCGGAAAAACUGAAUUUUCACAAUGUUUCCCUGGGACAGGGACAGGAAUCUGUGGCAGAAAAAGCAAUGGAAAUUGCAGCAAAGCAAGGGCAUUGGGUGGUUCUUCAGAACAUUCACUUGGUGAAAAAAUGGUUGCCCUCUUUAGAGAAACACUUGGAAAAACAUGCACAAGGCUCUCACCCAGACUAUAGAGUUUUUAUGAGCGCUGAACCCGCGUCUUCUGCUUCCGGACACAUAAUUCCGCAGGGGAUAUUGGAGUCAUCCAUAAAAAUCACCAACGAGCCUCCAACUGGCAUGCAAGCAAACAUUCACAAAGCCUUUUCAAAUUUCAAUCAAGAAACGUUGGAACAAUGUGGAAAAGAAGCCGAAUUUAAAGUAAUUCUAUUUUCACUGUGCUACUUCCACGCCGUUGUAGCGGAGAGGAGGAAAUUCGGCCCACAGGGGUGGAACAAAAUAUACCCGUUUAAUGUAGGUGACCUUACUAUUAGCGUGUUUGUUUUAUACAACUACUUGGAGGCCAAUUCCAAAGUACCUUGGGAGGACUUGAGGUACCUUUUUGGGGAAAUUAUGUACGGCGGACAUAUUACUGAUGAUUGGGAUAGAAGACUAUGCAUCACCUAUUUAGAGGAAAUUCUACAGCCCGAGCUGGUCGAUGGUGAACUGAUGCUCACUCCAGGCUUCCCAGCGCCUCCAAACACUGAUUACCAAGGGUACCUGAAUUACAUUGAUGAGGCUUUACCUCCAGAGUCGCCUUAUUUAUACGGCCUGCACCCUAAUGCGGAAAUCGGAUUCCUAACAACCACUGCUGAUAAGCUGUUUAGGACUGUUUUUGAGAUGCAGCCCAGAGAUGCUGGAACUUCAGGCGGAACUACUGUUACUAGAGAAGAAAAGGUCAAGCAAACAGUAGAUGAAAUGCUGGAAAAACUGCCAGAAGACUUCAACAUGAUCGAGAUAAUGGGAAAGGUGGAGGAACGAACUCCUUACGUAAUAGUAGCAUUCCAAGAGUGUGAGCGAAUGAAUCUUCUGACCGGAAAAAUGAAGCAGACCUUGAAGGAACUCGAACUGGGUCUCAAAGGCGAACUAACCAUCACAUCGGAUAUGGAAGACCUUGAGACGGCGAUUUUCUUGGACCAAGUUCCCCCUGCUUGGGAGCAAAGAGCUUAUCCUUCGCUUUUGGGACUUACCUCUUGGUUUGUCGACCUUUUGCUGAGAAUAAGAGAAUUAGAAACGUGGUCUACAGAUUUUGUGCUGCCAGCGUCGGUUUGGUUGGGUGGUUUUUUUAAUCCACAGUCACUUUUAACGGCGAUAAUGCAAAGUACCGCUCGGAGAAAUGAGUUGCCUCUUGACAAAAUGUGUCUGCAGUGCGAUGUGACGAAGAAACAGAAAGAGGAGUUUACGAGUGCACCAAGAGACGGCGCCUAUGUCCAUGGACUUCAUAUGGAAGGAGCACGAUGGGACGUUCAAGCAGGCAUUAUCAUGGAUUCGAAACUCAAAGAAUUGCAUCCCGCAAUGCCUGUUAUGAACAUAAAGGCGAUUACUCAAGAUAAACAAGAUUUGAGAAAUAUGUACGAGUGUCCUGUUUACAAAACCAAAACGAGAGGGCCCACAUACGUUUGGACAUUCAACUUGAAAACAAAAGACAAGCCAGCGAAGUGGACUUUGGCUGGUGUUGCUUUACUUUUGCAAAUUUAAGGCUUUUAAAUUAAAACAAUUAUUUUUUGCUAAAC